AUGGAUGAGUUCCAGAAGAAAUCCAGCCAAAAGCAUGAUACAAGAUCCCGAAAAGUAAGAUUCAAAAUUUCCUCAGCUUACAGUGGUCGAGUCUUGAAACAAAUGUAUGAAGAUGGGCAAGAGCUUGAAAUCCCAGCAGAAGACUGCCCCCAUAAUUGUCAGUCCUGGAAUUUUGAACCCCGAGACAAUUUAUUGGGGAUUAGAGAAAACCCAGAUCACAGCUUUUAUCCAUCAGCUGGACUGAAUGCCCAGAGGAUCAGUGUUUUCAGAGAAGGGAACAAAUACACUCUCACAAGUAACUCUUCCCUUCUGAAUGAUGACAAGGCUGAUGGUCAUAUGCAUCCCCGCAUUUUAGACUUUGGGAGGAUUAUAAUCUAUACCAGUAAUCUAAAAAUAAUCCGGACACCACUGAGCAAGAAAGAGCUAAUGCAAAGAAUCAUGCAAAAUGAAGGUGCUGAUGAUAGCUCCUUCAUGAACUCUGAAGGAAGAGGAGAAAGUAGCAGUGUUCAAAGCAAUGGAAACAUAAACAGUGAUGAAACUGAAUCAGGCUACAACCAACAUGUUUGGGAAGGCGACGAGGAGAACAGCUGCUCACAGUGUAAAGGAUCAGGCUCUGCCCCCUGUGCUGUGUGUCAUGGAAGCAAGUUUUCAAUGUUGGCUAAUCGGUUUAAAGAGUCAUACAGAGCUCUGCGAUGCCCUGCCUGUAAUGAAAAUGGGCAGCAGCCCUGCCAGAUUUGUGUUUAGUGACUCUAUCUGUUCUUUAAUUUUUCUUAUUUUCU